GGGGGGCCGCCGCGCGCGAGCGCGGCGGCGGGCACUCGGCGGCGAGGAAGACCUGUACGAGCUGCUUGGCGUGAGCAGGGGCGCGAACGAGCGGGAGGUCAAGGCCGCGUUCAGGCGGCAGGCCAGGAAGUGGCACCCCGACGUCAACAAGGAGAAGGGGGCGGAGGAGAGGUUCCAGGCGAUCUCGAAGGCCUACAAGGUUCUGUCCGACGGUGCGAAGAAGCAGCGCUACGACCGGUACGGCGACGCUGGCGUGCAGGGCGAGGCAACGGGGCCGGCCGAGCCAGACCUCAACGCGGUGAGCGUCGAGGAGAUCCUCGGGGACGUCUUCGGCAGCUUCUUCAGGGAUAGGCCCGGGAGCCACCAUGGCGACGUAGGGGGCGGCGCGAGUGCCAGCGGCACCGGCGCGGCGCGCAGCCGGCGGGGCACCGAGCAGGGCCCGAGGCACGGCGCCGACCUGCAGUGCCAGGUCGUCUUCCCCUUGAAGGCCGCGUGCUUCGGGGGUGACAGGUCUGUGAGGAUCAACCGGAAGGAGAGGUGCGGCAGCUGCAUGGGCAGUGGCCUCAAGGAACUAGGCGGCAGGAGCACCUGCAGGAGGUGCAACGGCGCCGGGGUGACGAUGGAGGACGUGCCGACGCCCCUGGGCACCAUGAAGCACCGGCAGCAGUGCCCCGCGUGCGGGGGCGGCGGGGUGGACCCCGCGGCCAGGUGCACCGCCUGCCGGGGCGAGGGCACGGUGGAGAAGAAGGGGCAGCGGGUACUCGUCCAGGUCCCCGCGGGGUGCUCCGAUGGCGACAAGCUGCGAGUUCGCGGCGAGGGCGACAAAGGGGCGCGCGGCGGCAGGUCGGGGGACUUGUACAUCGACGUGAAGGUGGCCCCGUCCGAGGACUUCCACCGCGAGGGGUUCGACAUAGGAUCAGGCUGGACAUGUACCAGGCGAUCCUCGGGGCCUCAGUGGUGGCGCGCACCAUCGACGGCGAGGCGGAGAUCCAGAUACCGUCCGGCACGCAGCCCGACGCUCAGAUACGUCUCAAGAGGCGCGGGGUUCCGAAACUGGGCCGGAAGGGGCUGCGCGGAGACCAUUAUCCUCAAGGGUGGAGCUCCCGCGCGACCUCAGCGCCGCGCAGGUGGACAUGCUCGAGGCGAUGCGCUCGAUGCCCGCCGGCUCGUGACGCGGCCCCGCCUCACGGGAGUGCCGCCGCGCACCGAGUCGUUGGAGGACGCCAAACGUGCAGCAGAUCCUGGCGAA